AUCUCAACAACACACCCCUUUCGUGUCCGAUCAUCGGCUAUCGCAUCGAGUGAAAGACCAACGCGGUUAGCGAGAUUGCACCAUGCCCAAGAACAAGGGAAAGGUGAGAACAUCAAUCCCCCAUGAACCCCGCUUCACAGAUUUUCGCUUCAAGGCUUGCUGGUCGGCACGACUCUUACCACCGGAUCCCGCUGCGCCCGAGUGCCUCAGCCGGGUUAUGUGGGUGUUCUAGGUGGCGAGGCCUGGCGCUGGUGAAAUCCACAUUGUGGGAUUCUUGUCACAGCCUUGCUACACAUGAGGACCUUGUACUAACGUAUGUUUUCACUACCAACAGGGCGGUAAGAACCGUCGUCGUGGAAAGAACGAGAACGACAACGAGAAGCGUGAGCUCGUUUUCAAGGAGGAGGGCCAGGAGUACGCGCAGGUUGUGAAGAUGCUCGGUAACGGCCGCCUGGAGGCGCUGUGCUUCGACGGCGAGAAGCGCCUGGCACACAUCCGUGGCAAGCUUCGGAAGAAGGUCUGGAUCAACCAGGGUGAUAUCAUCCUUCUCUCGCUGCGUGACUACCAGGACGAGAAGGGCGACGUCAUCAUGAAGUACACCGCCGACGAGGCCAGAAGUCUCAAGGCCUACGGCGAAUUGCCCGAACACGCCAAGAUCAACGAGACCGACACCUACGGCCACGAGGGCUUCGAGGACAACGUCGAGUUCGACGAGGACCGCGAGAGCGAGGAGGAGAAGGAGAUCGACGUCGACGAGCUCUAAGCUCGCCUUCUACCCUCUCGUUUCCGAUGCAUUCAUUACCCUCCCCUGCGCGAGGAGAGCUCCCCUGGGAUUUACUCUUGUCUCUCUUCUCCGCCACACGUCCUUCAUGCUUUUUCCUCUCGACACGUCAAACGUCCUUUUUUU